AUGAACACAACUACCAACCAAUCAGAGACAAACCCCCCUGAAUCCAACACGUUUGCCUUGUUUAUGAUCAGAGGAAGAUGUCGAAAUUGCCCACUCUCUAUCAAUGGGGUAUUCAACCUGUUUAACACUACUGGUGGUCAGCAAACUGAGCGAAGAGCAACAUCCAUGCACAGGACAGAAGCUUUGUGGAGAAGGAAUCUGGAAGAAAACCUCAAUACAUGUAUUUGCCCUCAGGGUUUGGAGCCUGGGUUGGAGCCAGCUGUUACAGUUGAAGAAUUCAUUGAAAGGUUUGUUACUCAGAUCAAUGAUGCCAAAAGUGAUGGUUCAGUCAUCUCAGUGGAUGAUGUCAUAACCAUUAUUGAAGUGUCUUCCUGGGAUGGGAGGACAACAACACUGGAUGACUUUACCUUGCCUCCAGUGGUGCCAACAACCCAAGAGCCAACAGUGGCAGUCAGCAUGGUGCCAGGCCAAACUCCCCAUCCAUCAUCGGAGCAGUCAAACAAUCCAGGCUUCGAAACCCCUCCAGGAAUUGCCAGUUUCAAUCCUGGUAGUACUCCAGCACCACAGGCAUGUGCCUCUGAGGUAGUUCUAUUGGAGGAAAACUGGGAAAAAGCUCUCAGCAGCAAUGGUGAAAGUGUGACCAAAAUUGUUGCUGUUCGAAUGAGUUCCAGCCUAGAACCAGCACUUCCGACUAGAGUGCAAGUACGGUUCAUUCUCUAUGUGAUUGAAGAAUGGAUGGCAGGUGACAGGUUCUAUGUGGAUAUCAUGGGUUCCACAACCUAUUUUGAAAAUCUGGAACAAACUAAUAGCAGUGGGUCUCUCAAUGUUGUUGGUGGAACUGGCAUCACCUGGGAGAUGGAACAAGUUAGCUUGGGUGUGGGUGGAGAGAGCGAAAGUGUACAUUUUACCGUGCCACCAAGGCUAGUUUCUUCUGGGAGUCUUUCUCUGGAGUUUGGGAUGGUAUCCAGCACUACCUCAAGUGCUAUUGCUGGAGUGAAUAGUCUGGUAGUCACAGCAUUCUACAACUGCACCAUAGAUGACCAUGUUGGUGACAGUUUGGAGCAAAACCUCACAGCAGUCCCAAGAACUGCAGAACCAGCCACAAUGCCCAGCCCUAUACCAACCCGUGAACCAACAAGUAUUCCA